AUGUCAGUCACCGGUGAAGCCAAAGGGAUGGAAUUUGGAGACAUCUUGAAGGUGAUCGGGGAAUUUGGGAGGUUCCAGAAGCUGCUGGUGUUCCUUCUCUGCAUCCCAAACAUCCUCACUGCCUUUCACUUGUUUGGCCAAGCGUUCAUCGUUAAGGAUGUCCCUCACUAUUGCAACACAAGUUGGAUCCGCAAGUUUGGCUUGAACCUGACCAAAGACCAGGAGCUGAACUUGACAAUUCCCAGGAGACCAGAUGGCUCUCUCGAGAAGUGCCGUAUGUUCACUCCUGUGCAAGGGAGUCUUCAGUCGAUCCAACUUAAUUCUACGGAAAAAUGCAGAGACGGUUGGGUGUAUCCUGAAGGGCUACAGCCAACGCUGCUAACCGAGUUUAACUUGGUCUGUGAACGAAAGUACUUGGGCGACAUCUCUCAGUCCAUUUUCAUGGCGGGCAUCCUCAUUGGAGCUCUGGUCUUCGGGUUCCUGAGUGACCGGAUUGGGAGCAAAAGCACAAUCUUGCUCACCCUUCUGUUGAAGGGCUCCUUUGGCGUCGGGGCAGCCUUUGCACCCAAUUUGUACGUCUACAUCGCCUUGAGGUUCGUUGUGGGCUCCGCUUUUGCUGGCAUUUGUAUAAGCAUGGCGGCUUUAGCUUCUGAGUGGGUCGGGGUAUCCUACCGCGCCAUUGCAAUUAUUAUUCCUCAGUGCUUCCAUGCUGUGGGGCAAAUGGCCUUGGCCGGCUUGGCGUACGGCAUUCGGGACUGGAGGCGCUAUCAGAUUGUCGGCUCUGCUCCUGCGUUCUGUCUCUUUUUUUAUGUGUGGGCCCUUCCCAGAUCGGCGCGGUGGCUUCUGACAAAAGGGAAGGUGGAAGCAGCAAGAAAGGAGAUCCAAAGGGCGGCACGGAUGAAUAAGCGCAAUUUCCCAGAAGAACUGCUCCAUCAGCUGACGCCACAAAAGAAAGGCAAAGCGGGAAGCAUUCUGGAUAUUUUCAGGAAGCCGCAGCUGAGGAAAAUUAUUUUGAUUAUGGCAUGGGUCUGGUUUGUGGACAGUAUGGUGUACUAUGGAGUGAGCUUUCAUGUUGGGAACUUCGGCCUGGACAUCUACAUGACCCAGCUGGUGUUCGGAGCCGUCGAAAUAAUAGUGCGCGUGUUCUGCAUCUUCCUGCUCCAGUGGCUGGGGCGAAAGAAAUGCCAGGGCGGCUGGCUCCUCCUCAGUGGAGUCAUAUGCAUCAUCAUCCCUGCAAUUCCAAAAACUUUCCCCGUCGCCAGGACCGUGCUGGCUGUUUUCGCCAAGGCAGCUAUCGGGGCUGCCUUUUCAACCACCUACGUGUUUUCUGUGGAGGUAUUUCCAACAAUUGUCAGGCAGACCAGCUUAGGUUUGUGCUCCAUGACUGCCAGAAUCGGUGGCAUCAUUGCCCCAUUGGCCAGUAUUUUGGAUGAGAUUCACCCUGCAAUUUCGAUGGCGCUAUUUGGAAGUACGGCGUUGAUUGGGGGAAUCCUCUCCUUCUUCCUUCCCGAAACCCGGAACAGAGAUCUUCAGGAUAACACAUCAAGAGCACCAUGGAGCCUGCACUCGAACAAGACAGUCAAUGGUGUCCUUGAAAAUGGACUAGUGGAAGAGGAAGUUCGAAGCUGGAUUAUGGAAACCACCAAGAAUAUACUCCUGUAG